AAUUCUGUUUAUCAUUUAUCUCUUUCUCUCUAACACCAACAAAGAUUUUCUCUCAUUCUCUCGGAAAAAAGAUCCACGAAAAUGACAUCUCCUCAUGACGACGAAGCUUCUUCAUCAAACCCUCCUCCACCACUAACCGCAUCACGUAUCUACAUCGGAAACCAAGCAAAAGAGAUUCUCGCAACACGUAACAUCACCGGAAUCACAAAACUCGUCACUAACCUCUGUUACGGUAAAGAAACAGAGCAAUCUUCAAAGCUUCUCUACGAAACCUUCUCAAAACAUUUCCCAAACAUUUUAGUCUCAAAACUCCUCCAAAUCUACAGUUUCGGUACCGAUAUAACCCCGAAGAUUCGAUCUUUUUCACUCUGUCUUCUCGAUUCACUUCUCAUGGAUAUCGAUGAUUUACGCGGUGGUUUGAAGAAAGAGUCUUUGAAUGAUAUCAAGAACCAUGUAAGUUCUUGCCUUCUCACGCAAGAAAGUUCUGAUGAAGACUUUAAACUUCUCUCAAGAAUCGUAUCUCGUGUCUGUGUUGAUGUUUUCAUUGCAAGCAAGCCUUGGUACGAGCUCUGUUCUUAUAUUGUUUCACUAGAUGGGAAUAAAAAAGCUUUGUUGUUGUUUAGUGAACUACCAACGCUUCUUGAUGAAGAGUUCUUGUUGCCGUUGUUGGAGAAUGGUUUUGGUUUAAAGAUUGUUAAUGUGUUGUUGAUGAAUCAAGAUUAUGAUGAAGAAGAAUGGUGUUUAGGUUUAGAAGCUGGGUUUAGUUUGAUACUUCAGCUUGUGAAUUUGAACAAGAAGAGUUUGGUUUGGGAUUUGGUUUACGUGAUUGUGAAAUCGGUUUGGGAGAUGGUUAAUGUGAAGAGAAGAGAGAUUGUUGUGCGUAAAGGGUUUGUUAGAGUUGCGAAGAAAGUUAGAAGAGAAGCUUUGAGGUUUCGUGAGCAUGAGUAUGAAGUUGUGUCACGUUUAGGUUUGAUGAUACAGAGGAUUAAUGGACUUGGUGAAGUUACGAUGAUGAUGGUGAUGAUGAUUCAUGAAGUUCUUGAGAGGUAUUACAUGGGAGGUCAAGUGUUGAAUCAUGGUUUGCUUAAUCAGUUUUUGUAAUUGGUUUUUAGUGACAAGUCUUGAUUUUGUUGAAGAGAUUUUACAAAUAGGUUCCUUCUUUGUGUCUAUUCAUGUGUUGUUAUGGAUUCAUUUUGUGACGCUUAUGUUUCCAGUCAAUAUCAUAAAUCUGUUUUUUUUUU